CAACGACCGAAGCACUUCGACAACAACCCCAUCGACCUUGCUGCCGCUCACCGGGACUUUCGCAAUGAAGUUCAUGAAAGUGGGCCGUGUGGCCAUCAUCACCCGUGGCCGUUACGCUGGUAAGAAGGCCGUCAUUGUCCAGCCUUAUGACAAUGGCUCCAAGUCGCACCCCUUCCCCUACGCCCUUGUCGCCGGUAUCGAGCGCUACCCCCGGAAGGUCACCCGUCGCAUGGGCUCCAAGCUCGUUCAGCGCCGCACUCGCAUCAAGCCUUUCAUUAAGGUUAUCAACUACAACCACUUGAUGCCUACCCGUUACACUCUGGAGCUCGAUGGUCUCAAGGGUGUCAUCACCCCCGAGACCUUCAAGGAAGUCUCCCAGCGUGAGGAGGCUAACAAGACCAUCAAGAAGGCUUUCGAGGACCGAUACACCAGCGGCAAGAACCGGUGGUUCUUUACUCCUUUGCGUUUCUAAACGGGGUUAUACUGGGGUUUUGUCUUUCUUCAGCGCGGGUGAUGCAAUGGGAUGGAAGGAAGGAAAAAAAGAGCAUCGACAACAUUCAAUUCAUGACGAGCAUGGGGUACAAAAAGGAAUAUACCAUAGCUGGAAGCAGAAUUGGGAAUGUAUCGAUGAAACCAAGUCCCGGACUUGGUCAUGUUUCUUUUUAAUCUUUAUGAAGGGCGGCCACAUUUAGGAUUCGGCGUCCGUCUGGAAAUGAAACAACGGAAAACAUGAGAAUCCAUAACAAUUUCCUUACUGAAUUGGCACACGUUUCGACUUGAGGUAGGACCCGUGGUCAAUUCAAGCUUUCCAUUGCUCGAGCUUCCUCUUGGGCCUUCGCACCUUUCUUAUGCCCAUUAUUUUGAAAAUACCCACGACUGCAAGGGGAUGGUGUAUAUUCCCUAGCUGACCUGGACUGGCCGUUGUUCCGGAUAUGCUGUAGAAAGAGCCCCAGUGCCGACCAUGAAGGUUUUGCGGCUUGAUCUGUAUCUGUGGGCUGUCCUGGAUACGAAAGAAAUAAUACUGUCACGACACGCCGGCCUUUCAUUCUGUAGCCGUCCCCUGCAGCCGGAUUUCCUACACAUGUCAUAUAGUCACCAUGCUACGGAGUACACAUGCAAUUACUGCUGCAGCAUAAGCAGGACCUCAUUCCCUAGCCAGGCUACACUGAACACUGAACAGAUGAACAGAUGUUGUGCUCAUCACAUGAAACAUGUCUAGAUCCUGGAGAAAUGCGGAGAGGAGCGGGGUAUGGGAGCAUAUAUUAUACUAUAUACAGAUUUACAUACUUCAAAUCAUAUAGAUUAUUAGAUACACCUUGCAAGGGACCGGACAGGCAUCCAUCAAAAUCCUG